CUCUCUACAUCUGAGACGUAGCGUCGAAACCCCAACGAAAGGAAGGUAAAAAAAUCCGAAUGUAAAAUUCCCCUUUUUCUCUCUUUCUCUCUCUAGAAUGUUUUUUAAUUUUUAUCUCUCUCUUCUCUUCUUCUUCUAGUUAGAUCGGUGUGGUUCUUUGGGGACAGUUAUUUGGUUUUGCACCCCAUACCCUGGCGGCGUUCUCCAUUCUUGCUUUGCUCGAACACAAAUUGGAAAAAGAGAAAAAGGGGUUAAAAAUAAGGGGAAAGAACAUGUUUACGUCGUCUUUGAUUGCAGAGAACCAUGAAAAGUCAGCUUUUUGAUGGCAAUUGAUUGAAAUCAGGACCUGGGUUUUUUGACGGUUCGAGGUCAGGAGUCUUGUAAACCCUGGUUUUACUUGGUUUCUUCUCGUUUUUGGUGUGUGUGGGUUCUUUUUCAUGGUUGCUGGUGCUUGGUCUUCGAGAUUCAUGGUCGAUCCUUGCAAUCAGUGGCUUGUUCUUGGGUGAAUUUUUGCGGGUUCUUGGGGGUUUGGGAUUUGUGUUAUUUGUUUAAUUGGAUUUUGUGAUGACUGGUUUGGAUUGUGAGUGAUGAUUCUUGGUGAGAAGGAGUGGGUGUUAUCUCAGGGGAUUGUGUUAAUUCAUGGCAUAUUUCUGGUAAAAAUUAACGGGCUUCUGGCUGUUCUAGAUUUUAGGUUUUGUUGGGAUAAUUCAUUUGGGGUUCACUGCUGAUUGGAGAUGAAGAAUGGGUUUUGAUUUUAGAGAGAGAGAGAGAAAGCAUUCUUAUUAACUGGGUUCCUGAUUUUCAGUGUGAUUUAAACGGCUUUUCUCAGUUUUUUGUGUUAUUAAGGAAAUUGAGUAUCAUUGCUAGCAACUAAUUGCCGGUGCACAAUUUUCUGGAAAUUAUCCAGAUAUUAAUAUAUCUGGAAAUGUUUUGUGAUUAUUGGAUUUCUAAGUGAUGAUCAGUUGUGGAAAUGGGGAUUGUUUUAUUGGGAGAAAUUGUAGCUUGCGUUAGGGUUUCUCUUUGAUGUUGUCGGUAGGGAGAAGGGAUGGGGCUGGAGGCAUUGGGAAGCAGAGGAAGGGGCUAGGGUUAGGGUUUGGAAAUAUGGAGGAGACCGAGCUCGAAGAAGGUGAGGCGUACGAUUACAGUGAUGAUCGUGCUGGCUAUGAUCCUGAUGUGGCCUUCUCUUACAUUGAUGAAAAACUUCAAGAUGUAUUAGGUCAUUAUCAGAAGGACUUCGAAGGCGAGGUUUCUGCAGAGAAUUUGGGUGCCAAAUUUGGGGGCUAUGGCUCAUUUCUACCCACUUAUCAGAGAUCUCCUUCCAUUUGGUCACAUCCCAAGUCUCCAGUGCGGGGCCAGAACGUUAGCACCACGAUAUCUCCUAAUGGCCAGCCAGUGGAGUGUACACGUCAGAACCCAUCAGUUCCCAUGCAUGCUGUCAUCCCAUCUAAGGUUGCUCCUGCACCUAGUAAUGCGCGGCCUGGGGCAACGUUUUUGUUUGACGACAACUCUACUCGAAGAGGAACCUGCAUAUCUAGCCAAGUCGAUGUCAGGCCCUCUCCCAAGUAUGAGGCCUCGACCAAGAAUGUUAAUGGGACUGAGAAUACAUUGAAAGUGCGCAUUAGAGUGGGUCCUGAUAGCAAGAAUGCUGCACUCUAUAGUGGCCUAGGCCUUGACAAUUCUCCAUCUUCUUCACUUGAUGACAGCCUUGAUGACAGUGAUGAAGGUUUAUCACCUGAAACUCGAGACGUUCCUGAUGAAUCCCCUUCAACCAUUCUACAGAUUAUGACUUCCUUUCAAGUUCCUGGGGGGAUUUUGCUUUCUCCUCUUCCACACUUCUUAUUGCGCUUGACGAAAAAGGAUAAGCCAUUCCGGAAAGAGAGUAAAUCUGGUUCUGCCCAAAAAGGUAGUCAGGAAUGUGGGACCAUGCCAAUAAGUGACUCUUCUUGUGUGCAAGACUUGAAAGGGCCCAGAGAAAAGAAGACAAAGACUGGUGAAAAGCAUGGAAGGCUUGGUGAAGCGAAGAAUAAGAAUGAUAGAGGCAUAGGAAAUGACAUGAGCAGCCUUUUAAAGAAAGAAAUAGACAUUGAAACCCCGGCAGGAAGGGAACUUGUUUCAGAUGCGUUAAACAUACCAGUACUCUCCUCUUUGAAAGGGUCUCAGGAGAAGCUGGGCAGCGUCUUCUCCUCUGGUACAAUAAAUGAAGAAACCCAUGAAGCAGAGGGAAUCCAAGAUAGUAAGAAGGUCAGCAAGGGAAGUAAUGAAUCAGUAAAUGGAAAAGGAAAGCUGAAUGUGAAGGCUGGGUUGGCUGAGAAAUCGUUGGAUGAGAAAAACCCUAAUAUUUAUAAAGAAUCUGAUUUAAGGAAGGACUUGAAGUUUGAUACACUGAAAGACCCACCUGAUGGAAACAAAGGGAGGAAAGAGAAAGAUCAGAAUACCGUGAUUGUGGAGCCCCCCAGGUCAAAAUUCUCUCACAAAGCUAUGCCACCAGAGAGGGACAGUUCGAAGCUGCGACAGGGGAAGGAUCAACUGUCUGGGGGUAAGAAGAAGUCAAAAGAAAGCCAGAUGAACCUCUUGUAUGGAGGGGAAUUACCUAAGGAGAAGUCCAAGGAUGUUCCUCCAGGAACCGUUAAAGAUAAGAAGAAGAACAUGCAUGCGAAGGAUUUUUCAUCGGAGAUCCAUUAUGAUAUGAUUAAGUCUCAGAAGGAAUCUAAUAAAGUUUUUGAACGAGAUUUGAAGAAUGACCUGGCUGAGAGUAGAACGGAUACAACAGAAAUUCAUUUCAAGGAAAAGCCAAAGGAGCCAAAGCUUGAGCAUCUUGAGAAAGAACCAGAAAUGGCUAAUGAGAGGUUGGAUUAUAGAAAUAUUGAGAACCCAUCUUCAGUGUUAGGUCAAGAACCUGUUGCCGCUCCACCAUUGGCUGGAGCUGGCUUGGCUUCUGAUGGGCCACUUCCUGUGCCGGCAGGUCCUGUGGUCAUAGAAGAGGAUUGGGUUUGUUGCGACAAGUGCGAGACAUGGCGUAUCCUACCAUUUGGAAUGAAUCCCCAACUUCUCCCCAAGAAGUGGCUCUGCAGCAUGCAGACUUGGCUCAGGCCUGGAUUGAACAAGUGCAGUGUAAGUGAAGAGGAGACAAGUAAAGCUCUCAGAGCUAUGUAUCAAGUCCCAGAAGAUCAAAGUAAUUUGCAUAAUCAGCAUGAUAGAGUUGGCUCAGGCGUAACCUUGGCAGAUACAAAGCCUAUUGGCCAAGGACUUGAACCAACUUCACUUAAAUCAGGUGCCAUGCCAGGCGGUGGAAAGAAAGGGAUUAUGCCAAAGGAUGCAGCAAAUGCUCCUGGCCUUGGGGUCCUGAACUAUAUUCCUAAUUCUGUGAGAAAGAACCAGCAGACCUCUAAGAGCAAGGUUUUGAAUGAUGCAACUCAAUUCCCAUCUGAGCCAAGUCAGUUGAACAAAGUCAGUGUGAAGGGAACUGAACUCAUCGGAGAGAAACCGAAGCAUAAACUGAAAGAGAAACAUAAACUGCUAGAACGCUCUUCAGAUGGAGGUGGAUAUGCUGAACAUGGGAAGCAUUCAAAAUCCAAGCACAAGAGGGAGCCAGAGAAAGAUGGUUCUAGAACUUCUAAGAAAAGCAAGAUAGAAGGCUCUUUGUAUGGAAAUGGUGAUUGUAGCUUUGACCAAGCUGCUCCCUUCUCCGGUAACGGCUUGCCAACUAAAUUAGAUAGCAAAAGUGUGCAGAGAUAUAAUGAUUGUGCUUCUUCAAAGGACUCAAAAUGUGAUACUUCGCUACCCAUGGGAAGUAAGCUUAAAGAACAUGGUCAGUCUCCCCUGGAUGGAGAUUAUAAAGCAAAUGUGAAGGCCAAUGACAUCGGUAAGAUUGAUAAGAAGGAUAUUCAUUCAAAGAAAAGGAAAAUGAAGGAAUGGCAUGGGUGUCCAGAAUUUUCUGAGGACCAACAGGUUAGAGUGGAUUUUCCAGAUACUCGAGUUUCUAUGAAAUUAGAAACCAGUGAAACUGAAAGGAGAAAGGAGAAAAAGACCAAGAUAUCAAAAUCUGAUGGAAAGGAGUCCAGUUCGAGCAAGGCGGAAGGGAGAUGUGAUAAAAAAGGCAGAACAAAGAUAUUAUUCUCUUCUAGUAGAGAUCCUUUAUUCGAUGGAAUGGAUGGUGAAAAUGGAAGUGUUAGUGAAAAGGACCAUCAACUUGGGCAUUCUAGAGGGAGUUCCAUGUUGCAAAGGGCCUCAGAUGGUAUUGAUUCAUCGAAAAGGGAUUUGGGUCUUGUUCAGCCACCUUUCCAGGCUGCUACUUCGAGCUCAUCAAAGGUCUCGGGCUCACGUAAGACUAAAGGGAACUUACAAGAAGCGAAGGGAUCUCCUGUAGAGUCAGUCUCUUCGUCGCCAAUGAGAGUCUCCAAGGCAGAAAUGUUUGUGACUGCUAAAAGGAAUAUUCUUUCUGUUACUGGUAGUCCGAAAGGUGAUUCUUCUGCUCUUCAUUCUAUCAGUGGGGCAUACGAUAACCAUGACAGGAACUGUUUGCAGAUUUCAGGUGGCAAAUCUAAAAUUGGUUUGCCCUCAAAAUCACUUGAUGGUUCAAAUAUCGAUCUCGUUUUAUCCGAUGCGGGGAAUACCCAUGAGCUGAAUGAUGCUGAUCCCAGUGAACAUGGAAAGGAUCGUGACCAAGUGAAAAAGAGCAAUUAUUAUCAUUUGAAUAAUAGUUCUUAUAUAUUGAAAGCAGGGAAAGUGAAUGUAUCACGGUCCAAAGAGAGAGAAAAUGGUGAUAGAAUCAACUCUGACAAAGGCAAGGUUAAGGUCUCUGAUUCUUUCAGUGAUGACCAAGAUGACUUGUAUCUAACAAAGAGCAGCGGUAGCUAUCUAUGUGAGGGAGACUUUGAAGCUCAAGCUCGAGAUAGUUCACCUUGUCCUGAUGAAUUGAGGGAUGACAAGUAUGAAUUUCUGGAGAAUUCUAGGUCAAAGUCUGAUAGGAAUGAGAAGAACCAUCUUGCUAAGAAAGCUCAUGCCACUAAGCGCGUUGGUGAAAGUAGGCGAGAGAAUCAUUCCAAAUGUGUACUGCAUGAAAACUCCAGUGACCAAGGCUCGCGCUACAAGGAUGGGAAAACUAGUUGGCAACGAAAUCAACAGAGGGUGACUCCCCAAGAGGAGGAAAAGCCAUCAAGUCAAACUGAUCGAGCAGAGGUGGCAUCUUCAAGAGGAAAAUCCCAGGUAUGUUUGCCUUCAGGAGAUAAACAAGAACUUAGGGAUCAUUUCUCAAGGGAAUCGCCUAUGCUCCAAAAGGGGUUUCGGGCUGAAGUAAUGGCUAUAGAGGUAUCCAAUGUUGAUGGGUCUAAGGGUCCCAAGCAACAAAGGAAGUCCGAUAAUCUCAACAGUACCCAUCCAACUGGUUUGAGACACCCAACACCUAAUGGACUUGUGAGCAAAGAUCUUGAUGCCCCAAGUCCAUUUCGGAAGGAUCAUGGUCAAACCGCUGCCAAUGCAAUAAAAGAAGCUACGGAUCUGAAACACACUGCUGAUCGCUUAAAGAAUGGUGGACAAGAACUUGAAAGCACUGGCCUCUACUUCCGUGCAGCCUUAAAGUUUCUUCAUGGAGCUUCCUUGUUAGAGCCGUGCAAUGUAGAAGGUGCAAAACACGGGGACACAACUCAGUCAAUGCAAGUGUAUAGUGACACAGCAAGACUCUGCGAGUUUUGUGCUGUCUCAUAUGAAAGAAACAGGGAGAUGGCUGCUGCUGCUUUGGCAUAUAAAUGUGUGGAAGUGGCAUAUAUGAGGGUUAUAUUUUCAAAACAUCCAUGUGCUAGAAAUGAUCGAAUUGAACUGCAAACAGCUCUACAGAUGGUUCCUCCUGGUGAGUCGCCUUCAUCAUCUGCUUCAGAUGUCGAUAAUGUAAACAACCACCACGCGACUGGUGACAAAAUUUCUUCUGCAACCAAGGGAGCUGUAUCACCGCUAACUGCAGGCAACCAUGUGAUCGCUGCUCGUAAUCGCCCGAGCUUUCUUCGGAUGCUCAACUUUGCCCAAGAUAUGAACUCAGCCAUGGAGGCCUUGAGGAAUUUACAGAGGGCUUUCUUGGCUGCCAAUGGAAGUGUUGAAGAGUCAACUUACGGGGAAGAAGGCAUUUCUUCAGUAAGAAGAGUCCUUGAAUUCCAUUUCCAUGAUGUAGAGGGUCUUCUACGUCUUGUACGGCUUGCAAUGGAGGCAAUCAGUCGUUGAAACAUGUGGCUUCACCUUCAUCCCUGUGAAUAUGCUACCGUCUUUCUCUUGGCUUAUUUCCUUGGGUUAAGAUGCACAUAUGAACAUUAAUGAAUACUUGGUUUUGGCCCUUCUUUCCUCUCAACAUUGGACCUAGACACCUAGUAACUAACUGUACAAUAUGUACGAUGGAUUUACAAUUUGUACAUAGUACACACUCAUGAGAGCAUAUGCUAUGCCUUUCAAAGUCUAAGAAGAGAUCAUUGGUGUGGCAGCAGCCGGGAAUAUGUAUUGAUGCAUGUAUAAUUGAUGAGUUUUGAGAAAGUCGGGUGUGGAAAUUAACGGUUUGUAUUUGAGGUUUUGCUGUUUGGCUGUUCAACUGAGGGCUAAAGAAGACAUGGACUAGAGAGAAACGAGAAAACCUGCUUGUACAAUGGGGUCGGAAGCAAAGAAAACCACCCGUCUAGUUUAUGAUUAGAGCCAUAUCUCUGCUAUGUAAGAUCUUUUUUUUAACAGAAAAUCACUGAAAAAAAAGAUGCAGGAAGUUGUAAGGGUUUGGGAAGCAUGAUUUGUAAAGUACUUAUUAUCUUGUUAUGCUUGGCUUGAUGCGUGUGCUGAAUCUUUGUGUUCAGUUGCACUGCAUUUCUCCAAUGGCAGAAGAGGGCAAAAGAUGCAUGUUGUUAUAUUGCACCUUCCUGUUAGUAGAGUUGAGAUUUGAAGCUUCUUGUUAUCCAGAAGCGAAGGGAUUGUUGGAUGUCAUGAUAGCGAAGAAUAUUCGUUUUGUAGCUGAAAUUUGUUUGGGAGAAGGCCUUGGAAGUAUCUCAAUACCUAUCCUUUCACAGAAGGAACGUAUGCAAUUAGGUCCUGCGUUGAACCCCACAAUUUUUUUGGAUUGGUAGCGGGGCAGCUCUUGAGUUGAUGUUGUGGCGGCUGUAGUUUGUUUAUUAAUAUAAAUUGUACACAAAAAUGCUGGCCCCACUGGAUUGUUUGGUCGGAGAUGUUUGGCGUGGCAUACUACUGUGGCCUGAAACUCCAUGUUGGAGAUGGAUUGAGUACCCAAACACCUUAUGAUUAUUUGUGAUUCCAUUUCUGCCUGCAAAUGAAUCUGGAGUUAUAAAAAGGAUCUGAUUUUUCUGGGAAAAUUUGAAGUGGGCCAUCCAGAAAAAAGACUGGAAGAUGGACUUUGUUAAGGACUUCCAAAUCUAGGAAGCAAUCAUUGGAGAUGUCUCAUUUCUAAGAAUAUCCUGGAAGUCAAAUUCCAAGGACCCAAACGGAUUGUAAGAGU